CGGUAUCCGGGUAAGAUGGCCGCAGUCGGAGAGUGCUCGCUCCCCGCUCCGUGGCGGCCGGUCUCCCUCACUCACGUCGAGUAUCCCGCAGGUGAUUUCUCUGGUCAGCUUUUAGCUUAUUUGAGUCUUGGUCCAAUAUUCAUUAUUGUUGGCUUUGUAACACUCAUCAUAUUCAAGAGAGAGCUUCACACGAUCUCUUUCUUGGGAGGGCUGGCAUUCAACGAGGGAGUGAACUGGUUAAUAAAAAAUGUAAUCCGGGAGCCUCGGCCCUGCGAAGAAGCCCAUUCAACAGUGACCACAAAAUAUGGGAUGCCGUCCAGCCACUCCCAAUUCAUGUGGUUUUUCUCUGUCUAUUCCUUUCUGUUCCUUUAUUUAAGAAUGCACCAAACAAACAAUGCGAGGUUUCUGGAUUUACUAUGGCGACAUGUGCUGUCCAUCUGCCUCGUCACAGUGGCUUUGCUAGUCUCAUAUAGUAGGGUUUAUUUGCUUUAUCACACCUGGAGCCAAGUCUUAUAUGGAGGUGUGGCAGGAAGCAUUAUGGCCAUAGCCUGGUUUGCCUUCACACAAGAGAUAUUAACCCCUCUCUUCCCAAGGAUAGCUGCGUGGCCAAUUUCAGAGUUCUUUUUAAUCCGAGAUACCAGCCUCAUUCCUAACAUCCUGUGGUUUGAAUACACAGUCACGAGAGCAGAGGCAAGAAACAGACAGCGCAAGCUGGGUACGAAGCUCCAGUGACUCAAGAAGUGUGGGGACCUGAGUGCACGUUUUAACAGAGACAGACAAGAGCAGAGACCUGGGAGCAGCAAGGAGCCUUUUAACAGACGGACCAAAGGAACAGGCAGGGACCAUACCCAAAACCUGAAAGCCUUUGCUCUGCUUUAGCAGCUAGCUGGAUGCUCCCUGAUGCAUGUGGGACCGUGCAGGAGUAGAAACUCAUUUUCAACACAGAUGCACAUUGCCGGUUGGAAUGUACCAUCAUGUCUACGUCAGGGGAGGGGGGAGAAAAUGCCUGGUGUCAUGUUUGGGGGAGGGAAAACCAAAAAUGAAUCCUUUCUGUGACUUUUUUUUUUAGCAUGAAAUAUACACACUAUUUAUUUAUUUUUUUAAAUGGAACUAUUGUUUUUGGGGGUGGGUGAGGCAUUGAUUGUGUGUUUUGUUUUUGUUUUUUGUUUGGGUUUUUCUUUUUGGAAGAAGACGACAAAACUAAUCUCAAGUUGAUCAUGCUUAAUUAGGGCUUCUAAUUUUUAAAAACUUCUUAGGAUGGAGGGGAACUAGGAUGGGUUGACCUAGGCAGAAAGGGAAGGAAGACUUUUUGUCCUUUCUGCAGCCAGUUUGGGAGAUCAAAAUCAAUUCCAACUGCACUUUGUACAGAUAGAAAGAAAGACUAAGGAUCUGAUUUUUAACACUAGUGAUGGUUCUGCAGGGAAGCCUGCACGGAUACCAUUAAGGGGAGUGUGUGUGUAAAACAAAGGAAAAACUGAAAUAUACUAUUAUUUUUUUUUCCACUGCUGCUCCUGUUGUGUAAUUAGCAAGAGUGUCUUUCUCAGAAUCUCUUCUAGGUGGCAAGAUUAUCAUACAUAUCUCACAUUUAUUCCAUCUCUUCCUUUAUACUUUUAUUACCUCAGGGUUGCUGUGAUCUGUACAGCUUCUGUUGUACUGAGUGGGCUACCGAUGGCACUAGAAAGCCCAUUGGUUAUAAGCAGUGCUGUGCUCCAGUAAGAGUCAGCCCAAAGCCUUACAAAAUUCAGUUGCUAGUCUCUGUCUUAAGCACUGGAUUUUAAAUUUUUUUUUUUCCUGUUAAAGAUUAAGGGAGGGAUUUUUAAGAAUGAACAAAGUGACAACCAUAAAUUAAUAACAAGGUGAAUGAUUAAUAACUAGCUCAGCUGCUGUCUGAAAUAUUUCUUGAAGAGUCCUGUUAGAAUCCAACUGUGAACUCAAGUAGUGAGCUUGUCCUAGCACGAGACUCCUACCAGUUAUUACAGUGGCUUGGUCGGGGUUCUGCAGUAGUAACCUUGAAUGCCGAACUCCUACAAGCAAGUUUUGCUUUCCAUCCUUCUUCUGUUCCGAUUCUUUGUUUGGCCAGUCAGCUCUCUGGAUGCUGUGUCUCUGUGGGAGUGUGCCUGCCAUCUGUGUGUGCUGGUGAUGCCCACAACUUCUGUCAUCCAUGAGUUAACCUGGCAAGGGCUAUACUCAAAAGUGCUUCAGGGCUGUGCAUGGACACUUUCUGUAUUUCUAGUACAUAAUGCAGCAGUUCAAG